UCAGGACAGAAACGGGUGAAAACAGGAGCUUUAAUUGUCUGUUUAUCUCAGAAAUGGAGAGAGUUGUAGUCAUCACUUUUCUUCUGACAGCUGUCUUCAGUUUCUCUGCAUGUGUUGCACGUCAGUAUCACUUUGUGAAUCAGAAUUUGAACUGGACUGAAGCUCAGAGAUUCUGCAGAGAGAAUUACACAGAUCUGGCCACCAUCAACAACAAGAACGACAUUGAAGAACUGAUGAAGACUGUGAAUGAUGAAAGUGUUCAGCAUGUCUGGAUCGGACUGUACAGGACAGAGAAUAAAACAUGGAAGUGGUCUCUGGGUGACCCUGUGUUCUACACAGGAAGUGAUUCACUGUAUCAGAACUGGAGAAACUCUCAAUCAAACGAUGAUGGUGACUGUGUUUCUAUGAAUAAUGGAGGAUGGUAUAAAAGUCAAUGUUCUGACAAAACCUCUUUCAUUUGCUAUAAUGACAGCAGUGAAGAAUACAUCUUUAACAGUACAGACAUGAACUGGAGAGACGCUCACAGUUUCUGCAGAGAGAAACACACAGAUCUGGCCAGUGUGAGGAACCAGAAAGAGAAUCAGACGAUUCAGCAGAUCAUUAAAAAUCAGAAAGGAAGUGAUAAGAACGUCUGGAUCGGUCUGUUCAGAGACUCAUGGGAGUGGUCAGAUCACAGUGAAUCCUCAUUCAGAUUCUGGGCACCUCAAGAACCCAAUAAUAAAGGCAAUUCUGAAAACUGUACAGCGAUUUCACUCAAAGAGCAGCGGGGGAAAUAUCUGGACUGGCCCGAUAAUCAAAUCAACAAGUUCCCUUUUGUCUGUUAUAAGGAUCAACUGGUUUUGAUUAAACAGAAUCGGACCUGGAAUGAAGCUCUGAGAUACUGCAGAGAGAAUCAUGUGGAUCUGGUGUCCGUUGAUUCUCCGCAGAUUCAGCAUCAUGUGAUGAAUGUGGCUAGAAGCGCCUCAACUACAGCUGUGUGGAUGGGUCUACAUCACUACUGCGCCAUGAACAUGUGGAUCUGGUUGAAGGGGGAGGUUGUGUGUUACCAAAACUGGGCUGCAGGUAACGGGACAGGAGUGGAAGACUGCAGGGGUGGACCGAGAGUUGGAGCAGUUCAGUCUGGAGGAGAUCAGACCUGGAUCAGCCUUCCUCAGACUCACAAACUCAACUUCAUCUGCACCAACUAUGAAGAAGACUGAAACAAGAUCAUCAUCAUCUCAUCUGUUGUCAGUGGAUUUACAAUUUCAUCAUUUUUCAUUUAAAAAUAAUUUUUCAUGUAAAUCAAUGUCAAAACUUUCUGAUUUUUUCAAUUUAUGUUAAAUUUCCCUGUGAGUGAUUCUGUGCUGUUGUAGUCCUGAGAUCAAUCAUGCAUUUAUUCUUUUUGAAUCAACAGAACUGAAUUGACUUUUUGAUGACAUGAUGUUUUUAUAUAUUUACACUUGUUGGAUUUAGCUUUGCUGCAUUGUUUUAUCGCUGUUUUUGGGUCUAUCAUUUUGUUUCAGUGGUAGUUUACACUAUAGUAAUACUAGUAUAUUUUGUUUAAAACAAUUUGACAGAAUGUGACUGAUUUUUUUAGUUAUGUCAUGAAAAAUGGCUUCUGUUGGGUGACUUUUCUUUUUCAAGAUGCUUGUAAUGUCACUUAAGAUGUCACUUCAGUGCUGUUUGUAAUGUUGUUUCAACUGUGAUUCUCUCUGAUUUUGAGGGUCAAUGUCACUGUUUGCUGCAGCCAGUAUUUGUUUUAUUUGCUUUUACUUGAAUGAUUGAUAUAUGUAGAAUCAGACAAUAAAUGAAUCAAGUUUUAUAAAUAAGAAUAACAAAGAUUAAUCAAUAUUUAAAGCAAUAGUCAACAUAUGGCUAAUUGUAAUGAAAAUUUUGAACCCCUGUGCAGAGUUUUAAUUAGAAAAUGUAAUAAAUGUGAGCAAAAUGUAAAACUCAAUGAAACAACUUAAAGGGUAACUAAACCCUAAACCAACUUUUUUUAGUUAAUGAUCUGUAAGAAUGGGGCUUUAUUAGUACUGGUCAUUGAUUCAAGUAAUUUUUUUGACAUUUGUGUAUAAAGUGUUUUAAUUCUACAAUAUAUGGUGUAAAAACGUCUGAGUGCUGCCCUCUUCAGGUUGAACGGUGGCUACUGCAGUUGAAUUUUCCUAUUGGCUGUUUGCGGUACUUCGUGACGUAAGCGGUGACAGCUGACGUAAGCAGGUUCCAACUCACCACGCCCUUGGUACGAGCUACCACACCUAUGGAAGUAUAAAAACCAUCUCGUUUCGUCAAAACCACUGUAGCGAGUCAGGAGUUGGAAUUGCGAGUAUUGAAAACGAUCAGGAUAGAGUAUUUUAGCAUCUAUUUAGCAUAGCAUUUAUAUAGUUAUUUAGAUUAUUUCGUGUAGCCUAGGUAGUUAAUUAGCAUAUUUGUUAGUGUAGUAUUGUUAGAAGCAUAGUUAGUUAGUAGCAUAGUAUUGCAUCAGUUAGGAUAGCUUCAAGUUAGCGUAGAUUAUCUGUAUUUAGUACAGUGGUCAGGAUGGUACGUAGGUGUAAUGUUGCUGGUUGCAACAGCACUGCUGGACUGUAUUGCUUUCCAUAUAGACUUGGAAAUUAGGCGCCAGGGGUUGCACGUCCUUGUUCUGGAAGACUGCGAGUUCCCGCCUAGAGCUGGAGGAGUGUGCAAACUGCAUUUUACGCGGGAUUGCUUCUCCAACGCAAUGGAGGUGGAAAUGGGCUUCUCCAAACAGCUCGCGCUGAAAAGCGACGCAGUGCCAAACGCUGCUCCUCCUCCAUGGACUCCACCACCUCAGCGGCGUCUUGAGGUGAGUGAUCAUAUAUAUUUGAAUCACAAUUUAUGGUUAGGCUAAAGUUAAUCCUCUGGGGUAGACAAACGUGCGUUCGCGAUGCGGGAGUGUUAAACGUAUUGCACCCUUAUACACUGUAUUACGGUAUUGACUACCGGUAUAGUUUUAUUUGGAGGUAUACGGUUUUGUACAUGAUGACGUUACGCUUUACGUCACAUUCUUCUAAGUUGAGAGAACAGCUAACUGAUGUUAUGUUCAAGUGAAGCUUGCUAAAUAAAAAUACUGCUAAAAGGAUAAACAUCACUGAACAGCGUUUCGUUUGUUUUUCCUGCACGCGAGUGAAGGUGAAUGCGCUCUCGGAUGCUCAACAGGGAGUUAAAACCGCAGUUUUAGCUCGAAUUGAUAUGGCUCCGGCCCUGUGUCCACAGACAAUUCACCCUCCUCCACUUCAGGUGAAGGUGGGGGAGA